AUGCAAUAGACAGAUUAUGAUGAAAUACAGCAUCAUCUUAAACUAGCAUAAGAUGGAGAUAUCGAUGCAUAAUUCAAAGUAGGUUUAAUGUAUGAAGAUGGAAAAGGUGAUUAAUAAAAUAUCUAAGAAUGUAUCCAAUGGUAUUUUUAUUUAUAAUCUUUUUAGGUAUCAAUUAGCUGCUAAUAAACAUCCUUAAGCAGCAUAUAAUCUAGCAUCCAUUUAUUAUUUAGGUAGAGUUGUUGCUCCUGAUUAUAAAAUUGCUUAUAAAUAUUUUAACAAAGCAGCUGAAUUAUAGAAUGAAUAAGGAAUGUUCUAACUAGGUUUGAUGCAUUUAUUUGGAUAAGGAGUAGAAUAAGAUUUUGAAAAGAGUAGAGCAUGGUUUGAAAAAGCUGCUAAACUAGUAUUUAUGCUAUAUUUAUAAUUUCCAAGGGAUCAGUAUCAGCUAUGAAUAACCUAGGAAAUAUAUAUAGAUCUGGUAAUGGAACCCAUAUUCAAAUUGAAGAAGCUAAAAAAUACUAUAGAAUGGCAGCUGAUAAAGGGGAUUUAUGUGCUAUGACCAACUUGGCUACAGUAUUAUUGUAAACGAAUCCAACUGAAGCUUUUGAUUGGUAUUUAUAGGCAGCCAAAGGUGGCUUUGAAAAUGCUUAAUAUAAUCUAGCUGUGCUGUAUGAAGAGGGAACAGGAACUAAAUUAAACUUAUAACAGGCAUUAUACUGGUAUAAAUAAGCUGCAUAAGCUGGUAAUAUUGAAGCAAAAGAAGCUGUCACUCGUUUAAGUCCUCUAGUUCAAAAUUAACAAUAAAAUGACAAACAAUAGUAAGGUUAAAAUACAAAAUAAUCGUCUGCAAAAUAAGGUGGAUGUGGCUGUAUUGUAUUUUGAUACUAUCACUAUUUUUUUAUAUAUAAAUUAAUAAUGGAUAAUGUUGAAGUAGAAGUGAAAAAGCAAUUAAAUUAUUUGAAAAGUCUAUACAGUUAUCUCUCAGAAUCUUCACCUAAUCCAAAAGAUUUUGCAAAAAUAAUAGAUAUUUAAAAAAAUCCCAUACAUACUUAUGCUAAUUGUAAAAUCAUAUGAUACAGCAUUCUAUUAAGUAAUUGAAUAGUAUAAUUUAAACAUUUAAUAUAUCCUCUGAUUUUCAUUAUGAAAAAUUGUGUGCAAUGAAUUCUAUUUUUUAAUUAUUAUUAACAAAAGAAACAGAAGUAGAUUAAAUAGAUAUGCCAAAAUAAACAAUAACUAAUAUUUAUAUUAAGAAAGUCAAUUAUAAAUUCUUUUAUUAGAUAUGGAUUUUAAUACAAGUAUAGCAAUAUCAAUAAGAACUCUAGAAGUAUCUUUUCUUAUUUCCAAUCAAUUAACUCGAUUAUUGUUCUUGCUUUAUUGUUUCAAUAAUUUAAUUUAAAAAUCAAUUGAAUUACUUUAUUAAAAAAGACUAGUGCUCUCUUAGGAUUAUACAAUUACAAUUUGGUUUCUUACUAAAAUAAAAGAUGAACCUGAAGAACUAAUUUGUAAAAACAAGGAAAUUCAAUGAGAGAAACUUUAAUUGAAAUUAGAUUUUAUCAGUAUUUUUGCUGAAUUUAGAAGUUUUAUGAUUUAAACUAUAUAAUCUUAAAUCUGUUAACUUAAUCUCUUAUAAAAUGUCUAUAAGAUUCUCUAUUUUCUAUCUAUUAAUUUCCAUACUCUUGAGAAUCAUAUCAAAUAAUAGAUCUUGGGAUUGCUUUCAGAUUAUAAUGACAAUUUACAAUAAAGGAAAAUGAUAAAAUAGCUGAAUAAUUAAUAGAAAAUAAUAGAAAUUUUGUUAAAUCACUUAGUACAAAGAAUCUCUAUAAUAAGAUUAAUUGUAAAUAAAAUUAAUAAUUAAAUUGAUUCAAUCAAUCAAAAUUUACAAAAUUUAACAACAUAUUAAAUUGUUUAUAAUAUAUUUUAAUUAAAACAAUUUUCAUCUCAAUAAAAUACUUUGAUUAUGAAUUUAAGACCAUUACAAAUACCUUAAAAUAACAUAUUUACUAAAUUAUAAUUGAAUUCAAAAUUAAUUACUGGAGUUAGUGAUUUUGUUUAAAUCUAUUGUUCUCAUACAUUAGAUUAAUAAAAAUCUUGUAUAUGUUUAGAAAUUAGAGUUAUCAAUAAUUGUCCAUUUAGAUUAGAUAAUUUCGGAAUUUAAAUUUUAUUCGAUAGAAAUUCUUAAAUUCAUAAUAAUUAUAAAUUAAUUGAAGAGUUACCAAAUUAAGAAAUAUAAUUGUUCUAUGUUGUUAAAGUAAAUCCAAAGCUAUCUAUGCAUUUUGCAUUUGAUAUCAUUCUUUAAGACAAUAAAUAUAAAUCUUAAUAAUCUUUUGCUAUCAGAACAUAGAAUUACAGAAUUAGUAUGCUUGAAAUUUCUUAUACUCAACACAUUUUUAUAUUUAUCAUAUAAUUGUUUUUUAAUAUAUAAUAUAUGAUAGUUCAUUAAAUAUUAGGUGUUACUUAGAGGGAAAUUAUUUAUAACUUUAUAAAAAAUUAUUAUAAUAACCAUUUUCUAUAGUUUAAUAUUCAAUUUAAUAAAACUUAAAUCUUGAUUUGA